AAAGCGCUUCAGUUCUCUGUCGGAGUGACGGAUGGUUGGUGGUGGAUCGCGACAAUCCCAAAACUCCGGAGUGUUUGGUGGUAGGAGAGGAGAGGAGACCAUGGCCCUUGCUCGUUUUGCCAGCUAGCAUCCCUAAACUCGGAUAACGCAACACCCGUAUGCAAGAGAAUUGAAGGGUAGCACCUCAUGCAGGGGGAGACAGGUGACUGUGGCCUCAGCCAGCAGCAGUCCUUUGCUGACAGGCAAGUCACCAGUGCCUCAGAGAUGCCUUCUCAAAUUCAGCGUUUGCAAAAUUCACCCAACUUCACUCAUCAGGCAUACAGAUAUGGCAUUGUACUCUCUUGUAUAGGAGUUUUGCUGAACUGGUUGGGUGUAGCUCAGGCUUACAUAGAGCCUGUGCGUUACCUUGGAGUAUGCCUAGUUAUCUUGGGGUCCUUUCUUAUCAUCUCUGCAUUGUGCCGCUGGAUGUCUACAUCCCCUCAAACCACCACUACUGCCGUCCAAGAGGUCAGUUCAGAUGAUGCAGGAGACCUCCACGUGAUCACUGUGCCUAUGGUACGUGGUCAAUCACAGUCCCGCAACCCAUGCACCUCAGUUUUACAAAGCAGACCACCAGAUUAUUUUAUGGUGACAGAAAAGCCACCAAGUUAUGAAGAGGCUAUGUCUAUGUUACCACCUUAUCUAGCCACUCACUCGGGCUCCCUUCAGCUGAAUGCAGAAGGUGGUUUGGAAGAAUUUUUAGCUCCACAUCAAGUACCUGAGAGCCAGCCGGAAGGAGCAGUUGGAGGCUUACUGCAACAGCCUGAUGCAAGAAUGAGGCAGCCUGAUGGCUGUAAAGAAUCUGAGAGACUGCUGAACAUAUCCUCCUCGCCUCCUGCCUACUCACAAUGUGCCUCUCAGUCAGCAUUUGUUAGUAGCAAUAACAACACCACCAUGACUCCUCAGGAAGGAAACACAGACAGUAGAACAGCUGAAUCCACCUCACCAGGUAACAUAACAAGUGACACAACUAGCAUAAGUAACAAUGCAAUAGAUACCACAAGCACAGAUAGCAUAAUUAGCUCAUUAGAUCCUAGACCAGAAACAGAAUGUGUUACUUCCACCUCAGAAGAGACUGAUGGGAAAUCAAUUAGAAUCAAAAGUAAUUCUAUUGACAAAAGUCAGGAAAGUGAUAGCACUCAUUCCCUCUCAGAUCAGAUGUUAUCCUCAAGAAAUAUUGAUAAAUAGAAAAUAUCCUAGACUUGAUAAACUGUCUAUGCAAUUAUUCAUGGUAAUAUUUAUAUACAGAGAAAGAAAAAUGUUUUUGUAAUAUUAUUGGUAUUGACAGGGUACACCACCACUUUGAAUGAGAUACUAAGAUCAAAGGAAUGUAAGCAGUUUUGUCAUGAAGUGCAAUUAAUCUUAGUCUUUAAGGAUAAGAUGCACAAUAAGUAAUUUUAUUUAUUAUGUAAAGACUGGUUCAUACAUAAUUUCUGUAGUAUUCAGCUCUCUUGCUGGUGGAUAUUGACAAAAUCAGAUUUACUGUUGAUACUAAGGUGCUUGCAUUUAGUAUUUAAGCAACUUAAUAUCCAUAAUAUUGAUUGUUAAUGUUUUUUAUUAUUACAAAUAUUGUACUUUUCAGGGCAUUGAUACAGUCAGCUAAAUGAACCAUAUGACUUGCAAAAAAUUUUACAAGACCCUUCUAUAUUAUGGGUUUCAUAGGAUAUGUUACAUUUCUUAUGAACUCUCCAAACAAAUUAACUCAUUGGGAUCAUGUGUACUUUGAUAUAGUAGAUACCACUAAUUUUCAUCACUAUGACCAUGUAAUAAAGUGGAUAACAGUCACUUACUCAGAAAUUUAUGUGCACAAGAUUCCACCAGCUGCUGGACAUGUAGAGGUGUUAAGAUGUUGUGGACUUGCUUUCUUAGCUCCCCACUCCCACAUAGAAGAUAAUUUGAUUAAUAAUUGUGACAAAGAAUAAAGCAUACAGGUUGCAGAGUAUUAUACUUGCAUAAUUUGUGCACU